AUGUUAAAGGGAUUGUGGACAUGGAACAACACGGAAGUUAUUACUCCCACGCAAAUACGAAUAGACGGUGUCAAGCUAUGGUACUUUAUAGAGGUACUUAAACAAAAUACAUGUAGUUUCGUUUUCAUGUAGGUGCAAAGGCCUGGCUGUAUCAUUUAUAUUAUUAUUGUACUGUCUAUAUAGGUGUGCUACAUAUAUCUCUCUGUGAUCAUAGUCUUCUCCUGAGUCUAUGCAUGCCUGAUCUGAGUCGAUGCACGUAUGAUGGCUACGGUCCCGUCGCAUAAGUAGUUCACGAUCUUUAUUGAAUUUCACUAACGAAAAUGAGGAAGCUGAGUACGGAGAGUUCUUUGGCCAGUAACACCCCCGAUGACCGGUGUCCACUGCACCUUGACACGAUCCAGGAUGCCUACAAUUUACCAUGUGGCCAUGCAGCUUGUCAUGAAUGUCUGUACGCCAUUGCAACAGCGAGCAGGAAGUUCCGAAGGCCACACAUCACUUGCCCUGUAUGUCAGAAGACAUCCCCGUUUGAGCCAGAACAGAAAGAACUGGAGGAAGCACAGUUCAAGGCGGAAUCAAGGUGUGAGUUGAGUAGAAGUCCCUCCAUCAGCGAUGACCCGAGAAGCCGAUCGAGCAGUUUGAGCAGCCAUGGUGGAAGCACCGCUGCUUUGUCUCCUAUCAGACGUCGGGAGUCAAUGAAGAUCAACAAGGAGCUUGAUGUGAAUGCGUCUAAGCUAACCAUCUCAAACGACCCCAUGGUCAACAAACGCGUCACCAUCACACUCAGACUAUGUGAUCAGGACGGGAAAAUUAUCAUUCCGAAAAGCAACACAUACGUCAGAGGAACAAUUCUAUUUCCUGAUGGUGAGCUAAAGGAAAUUGAGCUCCUCCCGUAUCGACCACAGUCGUUAGGAAUCAAUGAUCUCACACAUUCCUUCGAGAAAGUGUUUGUUCCACAGAGCGUUGGUAAGUACGAGGUUGAUAUUCCAGUCUCGGACAACUCGAAAGAACACAUCAUUGCUUACAUCCUGGUUAAACCAAGUGGCGGGAAAGUGUUUGAUUUACGAGGGAUGUCAAAAUUUAAAAACCCUCAUGACAUAUUCCUUACAGGAGGCCAGUACGUCAUUACUGACAAGGGCAAUCACCGAAUAAUCGUAACCGAUCGCGAAGGAGUUGUCCAAAUGGAGUUUGGUUCAACUCCACCUAAAGGGCUGAAAAGAAUCGGACCGUUUGCAAUUGCGGGCGAUCCAGGCGCAUAUUAUGUGACAGACGAUGCAAAUAAAUGCGUACUGCAAUUCGUGAGGACAACGGCGAAACUGCGUCUCUGGGCGAAGGUAGGGCCAUCACCGACAGGGAUCGCCCUCGACAUCGAACACGUUUACGUUGCGGACGCGAAAGAAAGCAACGUCCGUGUCUUCAACCGUCACGCGCAACAGCUCUUUACCAUUGCUUAUCCUGGAAAUCUAGAUGGUGCUGUCAGUUAUCCCUGGUUCAUCAAGAUCAACUCUAAAGGUAACCUUGUGGUUGCGGACAGGAACAACUGUAGGAUUCAAAUCUUCGAUCCACAUUCCAAAAAGUCUCUUCUUUUAAUCUCACCAGAUCUCUGUGGAAAGAGAUGGCACUGUCGCGGUCUUGCUCUGGAUCGUCUUGAUAAUAUCUACGUGACCUGUAGGCGGACAGACUCGUGGUGUAUGUAUAACAAAGAAACGGUUAUGGUGUUCAGCGCGUCAGGAGAUUACCUAGGAAACUUUGGAGAACUUUGUGAAUUCAACUAUAUCCGGGGCAUCGCCAUCGACGAUGACCAGGCAACUGCCUUGGUCGUGGACGGAGCCAAUCACAGAAUCAAAGGGUACCGAUUAUGAGGUCAAACAAUAAAUCGUUAAUAAGUAACUGUCCCGGGUAAAUGUACUAGAAUCCUCUACAUUCUCUAUGUCUGCAUAUUGAAUUGAAUGUUUGAUCUUGCCUCUUAUUUGAGUGUUACAAUUAUGAUUCCAGUCCAAUUGUUUAUGCAACGGUAAAUCUCGGGGGGGGGGGGGGGAAUUGUUCUUCCCUUCGAAGAAAAAAAAAAAGAACAUGAUAAAACUGAAAAAGGUGGGGAGGGAUGAGAAAUUCGAACGAGAGGAAAAGCAGCUCGAAUAUGAUUAUUAUAUAUAUUGUCAUCAUAAUUAUAACGAGCUCAGAGCGCCAAUUCAUCAUGGUCAUCAUAAUCAUCCUUACCACCAUCACCAUCAUGAUCAUCGCUAUCACCACCAACAUCAUCAUCAUCAUAUUCUACUGCCUGCAGCCUGUCACAGACAUCAGCGGUUAAGGUCCUAUACAUCUGUCAUCUUUUACAAUGCUAGUCGAUUGCCUUCACAAAUACCCCCCCCCCCCGCUUGAAUCAAUUUUUUUGUUAAUGGAACUAGGGCAAAAAAGUGACCUUUAUAAUAUAAGGGGAUAUUAUUUUUUCAAGAAUCUCAAAAGGGAAAUAAUGAUCAAACUAAGGAAUAUUUUAUCGCCAAUCGGUUUGAUACUGUUCUUCUUGUUAAAGCAUGACGUUAGCAUAAAUUUUACAUCAAAACAAAGACAAAUAAUUUUAUUAAGUUAUAAUGACCUUAUCUGAUCAUGGCAUUAUCAUUUUUAAAUAUCAAAUCGGCAAGGCUGCUCAGUCAGCAUCGAAAAAAAGGAAAAUCCUACAGUUAAUAAAAAAACGCACUUUUUAACGGAAAUAAACUUUUCCCGGCUCUCAACCGCGAGGGUUAUAUUGAAAGAGGAUGUAAUAGCUUGUUUUGUUGACAAUAACACACACUGUUCUUCCGCUCGUUGACUUUUUCCCUUCCAUUUAAUUUGAGAUAUUUUGCCUUCUCAUCUCUGUGUAAGUGAAAGUUCGGGAUUUUCUUCUCUCUUUCUCUCCCUUUCUUUUGUUGAAAAUCUAGAUAAACAUAUUAAUAUCCCCAGAAUUCUUACAUGUAUUUGUAUAAUGACCUAAAGAUCGAAGUUAAAUUGUAAUAUUUUAUUAUAAACCUUUUUAACCAAUUAAUCCAUUGGGAUAAAUUUGAUUUUGCCUAUUUUCCAACACAAUCAUGGUAUACACGAGGUUAUACCAAUUUGUUUCCUACCCGUUGGUCUAAUUGCCAUUUGACAUUAAGUAAUUAGAUCAUAAAAUCACCACUUGAUGAAUAUAAAUUAUGAUAUUGUUAGCUUACUGUAAAAGCCAAUCCAUCGUGUAAAUUAAAACUUGAUAACUUGUAUCUUAAUAUUCUUGAAAAAAAAAAGAAUUAGAUAAUGAAUGAAUGCUUUUGCUGAAUACGAUUAUAUAUAUAUCGUAUAUAUUCAGGGGAGAUUCUGUAGGGGGCAUGGAGCGAUCAUCCCGCCCCAUAUGAAGAGAUAAAGAAUAGGAUGGAAAGUUGAAAAAGGGAAGAAAGAGAAAACAUAAAAAACGCAGGUCUUGAUUCUGUUACUCUAUUCAAAGAAAUUAUGUCACUUUUAGGUUUUGCUUGUCCCCUCUUAAACACCCCGACGUCUUUCUUUUACUUGUACAUACGGUUGGUAUACAAACUUAUCGCUCAAUAUAAUCUGUCUCAUGGAUUUUUAUGAAAUACUGUCAAGCUUUCUUAAAGGAGAAUGAAACCCUUGAAACCAGCUGAAUCCACAUCAAAGAGAAAAAUCAAAGAAACAUAUUGUUGAAACUUUGAAGAAG